CACCACCAGCACCAUAAUACCAUGGCGGACGUCUCGGGCAGCGCGCUGAAGCGGCCUCACCCCGAGGAUGAAGACAACAACUCCCAGAAAAGACCUCGUUCCAACCAUGGCUCCCCAAUGCCUGCACAAGGAGCUCCCGCCAAAGCGCCGGUGGACAUCCAGAAGAUGGUGGCCGAGGCCAGAGCAAAAGCUGAAGCCGUACGGGCCAGGCUUCAAGCUGCGAAAGGCCUGACGCCAUCGUCCACACCCGCGGCUUCAAGCCCCAGUCCCACGCCUCCGGCAGCCAGUCCCGCCAUGUCGAGGCUGGAGCAGAUGAAGGCGCGAGUGGCCGCUGCGACCGGACGAGCCAGCGCUGCAGCGCAGCAACGACCCGUCGCCACGCCGACGCCGCCCCCUCCUCCGCCCUUCGAAGAAGAUGACGGCUCGCGGGCGCGCGGUGGUCUGGACGUCGGUCUGCACCCGGCUCUGCUCGCAGACCUGGAAUACCGCGGAGGAAAGGGACGACAGGGUGGACAGUCGAAGGGCGGCCGUCGCACCGACUCCCCGGCGACCGCUGGACGAGCCGGGCUGGAUCUGUCCGGACCGUCUCUCGAGGAGAUCAAGAACAACCCCUACUUCGACCCGAGCCUGGGUCCCAAGGCGACGCUCGCAAAGCCGCGGCAAACGCGGCAGCUGCUCUUCAACCAGAAGGGCAAAUACAUACAACAGGGCGCGGCUCUCCGUCGGCAGGCCCAGCUGGAGACCAUGAAAAAGCGGAUCGCGGAGCGAGCCCGACAAGCCGGUAUCGACGAAGACCUAGACGUGGAGAAGUCCUACCUGAUCCCAGCGCCCCCAGCCAUGGAAUGGUGGGACGAAAACCUGAUGACCGGAAGCGACUACUCGGCCCUCGACGACGAACAGAACCUCCGGAUCGACACCCCGGACUCCAUCAUCACCCAAUACAUCCAACACCCCGUCCUCCUCGACCCGCCGCAAGAAAAGCUGCUCCCAGCCCAGAAACCCAUGUUCCUCACGCCCAAGGAGCAAGCCAAGAUCCGGCGUCAACGCCGCAUGGCCGACCUAAAGGAACAACAAGCGAAGAUCCGCCUCGGCCUCGAACCCGCCCCGCCACCCAAGGUCAAGAAAUCCAACCUCAUGCGAGUCCUGGGCGAACAAGCCGUGAAGGACCCCACGGCCGUCGAAGCGCGCGUGAACCGGGAAAUCGCCGACCGGCGCGAGAAACACGAAACCACCAACGCGGAGCGCAAACUCACCAAGGACGAACGCCGCGACAAGCUCGCCCGCCAACAGGAGGCCGACGCCGAGAAGGGCAUCCUCAUGACGGUGUACCGGAUCGACAGUCUCGCCAACGGCCGCAACCGCUUCAAGAUCGGCAAGAACGCCGAGCAGAAUGCCCUCACGGGCGUGUGCGUCAUGCACCCGCGCUUCAACCUCGUCAUCGUCGAGGGCGGCGCCCACUCCAUCAACAACUACCGCAAACUCAUGAUGAACCGCAUCGACUGGACCGAGAACGCCGGCCCCGGCGCCGUCCGCGAGGGGAACCGCGAAGCCCAGGCCUCGUGGCUCGCCGCCCAGGACGAGAAAACAGGCGACCUGAAGGAUCUCAGUGCCAAUACGUGCGAUCUCGUCUGGGAGGGCCAGGUCAAGACCCGUGCGUUCCGCAAAUGGCUGGGCGCGCGCAUCUGCGAAACCGAUUCCCAGGCCAAGGAUGUUUUGGCUCGCGCGAAGCUGGAGAGUUUCUGGGCGCUGGCGAAGAGUUCCAGGCAGAGCGAGUCGUGAGAUCAACUCGACCGAGAGAUCUACCUACCUACCUACCUACCUACCUACCUACCUACCUACCUGUUUGUAGUAUACAUGAAGUACACGUAACGGCACCAUCACAUCACGUAUUCUUAAUCAAAUUACCUAC